AUGUGGCUGCUCACUUUCGACAAUCGUCUGGGAACUGCACCGCCGAACGACCCUAACUCUAAAGUUGGAAGAGUUCUUGAUGUCGGAACCGGCACGGGGAUCUGGGCCAUGGAGUUUGGAGAAGAACAUCCGAAUGCAGAGGUUCUUGGAGUUGAUUUAUCGGCCAUCCAACCAGAAUUUACUCCCCCGAAUGUCAAGUUCCAGAUUGACGACAUUGAGGAACCCUGGACUUACUCUCAGCCCUUUGACUACAUUCACAGUCGAACCAUGACCUUCAGUGUGGCUGACUGGAAAGAAUAUAUCCGAAAAUGCUACGAGUUUGUUAAUGACAUAUCUAUUCAAGGUUGA